UAUCGGUGGCUCGACACGAUGCGCAAAGGACACAGGCCACGUGCCUGAACUUUAUUGUCCUGACACAAGAAGCUGCGCGAGACAAACUCACGCCCUUGUAUCAGAACUGCACUUUUGAAGGCAGAUCGCCCUCACAGACAUACACAUCAGACUGAGCCAUGAAUCGGACACACAUGGGUCGUGGUCCCGGGGCCAACCUCCCCAACAAUGGUGCCAACAACAUCGCCAAUGGUAAUAACAACAAUAGCAUCAAUAUCAUCAACAACCAAAACAGCAGCGGUGGGGGUAACAGCCUCGUACGUGCCAACACCACCCCGCCAUCCGCCACCAGUGCCAAUGGUCUGCCCUUGACGCUCAUCGCAGAAUUGCGUCCGUCCAUGCGUGGGUUCAAUACUGAAUGCAUCAUUCUUGAGAAAGCCGCGGAACCACGUCGAGUUUAUGAGACCCAACUACUGUCAACAUUCCUCGCUGCGGACCGAACAGGAAGCGUAUUACUCGUCCUCUGGGGCGAGGAAGGGGCGCUCUUGCGUAACGGAGAUAUGAUCAGAGUACAAGGAGGAGAGGCGAAAAUGUACAAGGGAUUCAUCCAACUUACGACUGCAAAAUACGGAAAAUACAAAAAGAUUGGCGAGGAUACGAUGGUCUUCUUUGAGAAACCAAACUGGAGCGAAUGCGAAUGGGUUCAUGAUCAACAAAACAAGGCUGCCCCGAUGAUACCCAUCAAUCCGAUCACAAAAAUGCCCAUGGUGCCCAAUGGUGCUCAACCCAUGAUGCCCAACGCUGUCCCACCCAUGAUGCCAGGUGGAAACAUACAACAGCAGCGAAACAUGCAAGGCAACAACAUGCAGCCAGCCAUCAAUCCAGCAUUCCGCGGAGAUCAGCGACAGGGUCCAAGACCCUUUAACCAGAAUGGGGGCUUUCCCAUGGCAGGACCUCCAGGACAAGGACCAGCAGGGUUUCAUAACAAGGGCAAUUUCGGUGGCCCUGGAGGAGGACCUGGUAAUCAAAUGCAGCAGCAACAACAACAAUUGGGUGCGAAUGUAGCUCCAAUAGGACCAGUUGGAGGCCCGAGCGGUAAUAGACCUCAUCACGGAUCAUAUCAAAACCAUGGCAAUCAAAACCAGAAUCCGAACCAGGGUGCAGGCGGCUCUGGGCCGCCAAACAAUCACCAUCCAUCGGCCGGUCGUCUCCCUAAACACAAUAAGCACAAGGUUCAUCGAGAUCUGGAUGCGCCUGAUUCAUAUCCAAGCCCACGGACGGGACUGAACAACGGCGUGGACGAGUUUGCAAGGGAUAUGAAGCUAGUGGCACAAGGCGGAGUAGGACUUGGGAUGGGACAGGGAAACCAAGGUGGAGGCGCAGGAUCAGCAGGGUCAGGACAUAUGCGGAAAAAGCCAAAGGUCGAGACAGAUUGAAAUAAAGUAAAGAAAUCAGACACUCUAUACUACAAUAUUCCUGUCGAUCAGCACAGCCGAUAUGAUUGUGGCAAUCACGAC